AUUUCAUUAGCUUUUUCCAAAUAAAAUUCAAUAUUUAUUUUUUCUCUACUUGCAUCGUAGUUGCAUUCCAAGCUUCAUUUUAAACAAACAUACACGUAGACCGUCGUCUGAAUCGCUACACUCCAAGACAAUGCUGAACAACAUUCUAUCACUUAUCAUCGCUGCGACCGUCGUUGUUGCCGGCACCAGCAAAAUGACGCCGGCUACUAGCGAUACCAACCCCAGCGACAUUGUUUUGGCUAAUGCCAAUCUUGUGAGCGGAGAAUUUAACGCCGCCUUCGAGUUUACCCCUGCCGAAAGCAAGAACGGCCUGCAGCUGGCUGUUACUGCCAGCGGGUUGGACAUGGAAACGGCUUACUCGUACCACAUCCACGCCAAACUUGUUCCUGCUGACGGAAACUGCACUGAGACUGGCGGCCAUCUAGAUCCGUUCAAGAUCAAGGAGACUGCCGGUACCGCAUACAAGUGUGACAAGGACAAUGCCCAGACGACCUGUGAACUGGGUGAUCUGGCUGGUAUGUUUGGCAGCAUGACUGCUGACGCUGAUGGCAAGUUCACUUUGAAUGCACCUGAAUCCAUUCUCACGUUUGGCGGCGACAACAACAUCCUUGGAUACUCUGUUGUCAUUCACCGCCCAGACAGUACUCGUCUUGCUUGCGCCAACAUUGAUUCCUUCACUGCUGCUCCUGUCAGCCCGGUGAAGAAGUGCUGAGAUAUCAAUAUAUUUGUUUAUCUAUAAUUUGUAAUUAUUUAACCCUUAUAUUUUUACAUAUUUAUUUUCACAAUUCAAGUCUCGUGGAUUUUACUCUAUUCUUUUCUGGUAUUCCGUGGCAUUUUACCAACAUACACUUAAUAACUAUGCUAACAUCAUUGCUUUAAUCGGC